GGCGAGAGAGAGAGUUCUCGAGCUCGACGAGCGCCGCCCGAGGAGAGAGAGAGAGAGAGAGAGAUGAGCGGCGAGGCGGCGGCGGCGGCCGUGGGCGGCGGAGGAGGAGGAGGAGGCGAGGGAGAGACGAACGGCGUCCAGCCGAACGUCACCAUCUACAUCAACAACCUCAACGAGAAGAUCAAGCUCGAAGAACUUAAGAAGUCCCUAACUGCCGUUUUUUCCCAGUUUGGGAAGAUUCUUGAUGUGCUCGCUUUCAAGACUUUGAAGCAUAAAGGCCAAGCUUGGGUUGUCUUCGAAGAUGUCGCAUCAGCGACUGAGGCUCUCAAGAGGAUGCAGGGAUUUCCCUUCUAUGACAAAACUAUGAGAAUUCAAUAUGCCAAGACCAAGUCGGAUAUUGUAGCAAAGGCCGAUGGCACCUUUGUACCUCGAGAAAGAAGAAAGAGGGUCGAUGAAAAACCUGAAAAGAAGCAGAAGCGCGAGCACCACCAUGAUGCUAGUCAAAUUGGGAUGGGUGUAAAUGCUUACCCUGGUGUAUAUGGGGCUCCACAGCUCACCCAGAUACCUAUAGCUGGAGGACAGAGGGUCAUUAUGCCAGAGAUUAUCGUACCAAACAACAUCCUGUUCGUCCAAAACCUGCCACACGAGACAACACCCAUGAUGCUCCAGAUGCUCUUCUGCCAGUACCCUGGCUUCAAGGAGGUUCGGAUGGUCGAGGCGAAGCCUGGGAUUGCUUUCGUGGAGUAUGGAGACGAGGGGCAGGCCACUGCUGCCAUGAACAACCUUCAAAGCUUCAAGAUUACAAAAGAAAACCAGAUGGUCAUCACAUACGCGAAGAAGUAACAACCUCCCGAGCUGUGUUGACCCUGAUCUGUUAAAUGUUGUAUUCCGAGUUUUUGCACAACUGGUAGAUUUCCUUCAUAUGUUAGGUAGACAGCAUCCUGAACAACUGUUAAUUGUACCCGCUUAACAGCAGCUAUGUGCACUUCAGGAACUGAGAUGAAAUGCAAACUGUUUUUUUUUA